UCCGUAGAAAUACGUACGUACGUGCGUGAGAUUACUGUUGUGGCCGCGCGCCAUCGCGAGACGAUACCCCUCUAAUUACCCUCGGCGCCGGGAGGGAGAAAUGGCGGAGUCUCCUCCUUCGCCGUGCCGUCUGAAGAACGGCUUCAUGCUCGUCGUCGCGUUCACAGGACUCUUCCUCUUUAUUUCGUACGUAAAGUAUGGCUCAAUAAAUAGCUGCGGUGGAAGGCAGGACUUUAUGUCGGCGUGGGGCUGCACCAGACAAAGGCAAACUAGCCCCGCUACAAUACGAGUGGGGCUUUCCCCGGCAUCAAUGGCCAGAAACGAAACAGAUGGGCUUCAACCUGUAUCAGUGGCCAGUAACGAGACAGAGGCAGGGAGAUGUAUAGACAGAUUUUGCAAUGAGUAUGUAAAUCACAGUCACAUCGUGAAUCAGAGCAGCCCACACUGCUCACCGCCGCCUGCGUUCCACUCCUGGGAGAGAGGAACGGUGACACAGAUGUGGAUGCCACUCAAAAAAGACUGCCACAAGUUGAGACAGAAUCCAGCACAAGAGAUGCAGACUUCUAACCUUACCACACAGCUAAAGGCCUGGAAAUAUAACCGUCUGUGGGAGUCCUUUGCCCUGAAAUUCAAAAAUAUGAGCUGCGAUAAAAUCAGAGAACAGUUUGAAAAUAAUUUUUUAUGUCUCUCAGAUUGAGAAGAAUUUCCCAAUAGCUUACAUCCUUGUGGUCUACACAAACGCAGGACAAGUAUUGCGACUGCUCAAGUCUAUUUAUAGAGCACACAAUUUGUACUGCAUUCACCCAGAUGCAAGACAGGGUGAGAGUUUCAAGGGGUUUUUCACGGCAGUGUCAAAGUGCCUGGACAACGUAUUUGUAGUCUCAAAUCCGGUAAAGGUGUACUAUGGGCAUAUAUCCAUUACUGACGCACAGCUACAAUGCAUGCAGGACUUAGAGAAAUAUCCGCAGUCAAGAUGGAGAUAUGUCAUCAAUCUCUGUGGAAGAGAGAUUCCACUAAAGACUAACAGAGAAAUUGUUCAUUCUCUCCAGCAACUUGGAGGCUACUCGGCCGUCGAUGCUUUUCCUCUGCCUCAAGAGUUUUGGAAGAAGCGUUUCAAAAGGAAGUAUCGCCUAGAUAAGAACGGAAAGAAUAGACGCACUAGCAAAAAGCAGGUAAAACCACCUCAGGGGAUAAAACUGUACAAGAGUAUGAACUUCAUUGCAGCGAGUCGAAGUUUCGUUCGCUUUAUACUGAAUGACUCUGUUGCAAAAGAAUUUCAUGAAUACCUUACGACUGUGUACGCCCCUGAGGAGCACUUCUAUUCUUCUCUUUAUGCCUUGCCUCAGGGCCAUAGGUGCCAAACCUCCACCAGGUUUUCAUGCUACCAGUGGUAUAAUGCCUAUAAUCGACAAGUUUAUAUGGAUUGUUAAUUCGUAUUCUAAAGAGCAUUUAAAGGAGCUCUGUCCGGGGAGAAAAGAGAUCCAUUCUAUCUGCAUCCUGACGACAAUGGAAUUAGGGAUAAUAGAGAGAAAUGGUGUCCGUCCAAACAGACCCCCUAUCUUCUUCUUCAACAAGUACUUUCUAGAGUGGGACCCAGUCCCCAUGGAUUGUAUGGAGGAGAGACUGGUGGAGACUAACAUGAAGGAGUACAAAAGAGACUGUAUAUACCAGAACCAUAGGGACAAGCAUGUAAUCACUUAGAUAACUUUUAUGACCGUAAGGAAGGG